CCUGUCCCGGCAGGACUCUGAGGCCCGAGCGCACCCGCGCCCCGCACCGCGCCGCGCCGCGCCGCACCGCACCGCCGGGAACCACGCAGCUCCUAACAGCUGGGGUUUCCCUCAUCUCUUGAGUGGCCAUGUCUAACCCCACCGCCCCGCCUCCAUAUGAGGACCGCAACCCUCUGUAUCCUGGCCCUCCACCCCCUGGAGGGUAUGGACAACCAUCUGUUCUGCCAGGCGGAUACCCUGCCUACCCUGCCUACCCACAGCCUGGCUACGGUCACCCUGCUGGCUACCCACAGCCAAUGCCUCCCAUGCACCCGAUGCCCAUGAACUAUGGCCCUGGUGGCUAUGAUGGGGAAGAGAGAGCUGUGAGUGACAGCUUCGGGCCUGGAGAGUGGGAUGACCGGAAAGUACGACAUACCUUCAUCCGAAAGGUCUACACCAUCAUCUCAGUCCAGCUGCUCAUCACAGUGGCCAUCAUUGCGAUCUUCACCUUUGUGGAGCCAGUCAGUGCAUUUGUGAGGAGGAACGUGGCAGUAUACUACGUGUCCUAUGCCGUUUUCAUUGUCACCUACCUGACCCUCGCCUGCUGCCAGGGACCCAGACGCCGGUUCCCAUGGAACAUCAUCCUGCUGACCCUCUUUACUUUUGCCAUGGGCUUCAUGACAGGCACCAUUUCCAGUAUGUACCAAACCAAAGCCGUCAUCAUUGCGAUGAUCAUCACAGCAGUGGUGUCCAUUUCUGUCACCAUCUUCUGCUUUCAGACCAAGGUGGACUUCACCUCCUGUACAGGCCUCUUCUGUGUCCUGGGAAUUGUGCUGAUGGUGACUGGGAUUGUCACCAGCAUUGUGCUGUACUUCAAAUAUAUUUACUGGCUCCACAUGCUCUAUGCUGCUUUGGGGGCCAUUUGUUUCACCCUGUUUCUGGCUUACGACACACAGCUGGUCCUGGGGAACCGGAAGCAUACCAUCAGCCCGGAAGACUACAUCACGGGUGCCUUGCAGAUCUACACAGACAUCGUCUACAUCUUCACCUUUGUGUUGCAGCUCUUGGGGGAUCGCAACUGAAGCACCCCAUUUCACACACCCUGGCCUUUCCCUUCCCUGGAGGGCCAGGCCCUGGGCCUUGGUUCUGGGCCUCAGGCCUCUUCUUACCCUCACG